UAGGGUGGACAGGAAAAAGGAAAGUGUCCAUCUUAUGGUUUACAUGAUUGGUCAAUGGCCAAUUAUCCGAGCUUUCUCCCGCCACAUAGGAUAAGGAAAAUCUCAAAUUAAAGAACCACACAAAGAUAACAAACAAUUUAAAGAACCACACCCCCUCAAUCCAAUCCCAUGGCUACCAUGUUCUCACCCUCAACCUUCUCCUCCACCACCACCAACAACAUCACAUCUCCAAAACCACCUCAAACUCCCCUACCGCCCAAAUCCCACAUCCCCAUCCCGCCCUCUAAACCACUCAUAACUACCUUAACCACCACACUAACUGUCACCGCCGCUGCAGCUGCCAUCCUAACUGCCUCUCCACCCUCGUUAGCAGACUCCACAGCAGAAACAACUUACCAAAUCUUCUACGGCACUGUUGCCAGCGCGGCCAACUAUGGCGGCUACGGUGGCAACUCCGACAAGAAAGCCUCCGCCGAGUAUGUCUAUGACGUGCCAGAUGGAUGGAAAGAGCGUUUGGUCUCAAAAGUCGAAAAGGGUACAAAUGAGACUGAUAGCGAAUUUUACAACCCGAAGAAGAAGUCAGAAAAAGAGUACUUGACAUUCCUUUCCGGGUUUAAUCAACUAGCACCGAAGGAUGCGGUGCUGAACAAUUUGGCUCUGUCAGAUGUGAACUUGCAGGACUUGCUAGCAAGCGUGGAUAAUGUGACAUCGGAGGAGAGGAAUGACAAGAAGAGACAGGUUUACUAUGUGUAUGAGAUCGAUGGAGUUGCUGCUCACAGUUUGAUUUCAGUGACUUGUGCUCGGAACAAGCUGUAUGCACAUUUUGUCAAUGCGCCAAUGACAGAGUGGAACCGUGACCAUGACUUGUUGCAGCAUGUUCAUGAGUCUUUCAAGACUACUGGUUCUUUUUAGCUUAUUGCAUUUGAUGACUUUUGACAAUGUGGUUCUGCCGUGCACAUUUGAGAAAUAUAUACUGAUUUUGACUAUGAAAUAAAACGCCUUUUGAUCAUUCCUUUC